UUGUAAACUUGUUGUUUUCUCUCAGGAUGGAGAGAACAUCUUCUACCUGGCGGUGGACGACAUCGACACGGAUACGGAGCUCCUGAUUGGCUACCUGGACAGUGACAUGGAGGAAGAGGAGGAGGAGGAAGAGGAGGAGGUGAUGAAGGACGACGACGAGAACAGUAAAGACGCCAGACAUCUAGUAGAAAUGGAGCUGGUGAUAAAGAAGGAGGAUUACCCCUGCCUGCUGUGUGAGAGCAGCUUCCCAUCAGAGGAGAUUCUGGCCAAUCACCUGCAGACGCUUCACCAGAGACCCAGCAGCGAAGAAAAGGACUUCAAGUGCAGGAACUGUGGAAAGAAGUUCCCCGUCAGACAAGCCCUGCAGCGCCAUGUUCUUCACUGCUCAGAGUCUCCUGACCCCUCCUCAGACUCUAAAUCUCAUCAAUGCUCUCUGUGCAGCUCCAGCUUCAGCUCCAUCUCCAGUUUCCUUCAGCAUAAGGAGGCGUGUAAAGGAGAUGCUCGUUUCAUCUGUAAAGCUGAGAGCUGUGGGAAGAGAUUCAAGAGCAAAGACGCUUUGAAGAAGCACAAAGGAAACGUCCACACAGGGAGCGCACGCCGGAAACUCACGUGCACGAUCUGCAACAGGAAGUGCUCGUCCUCUCUGAACCUGCAGGAGCACAGGAAGGUUCAUGAAAUACUGGAAUGCCACGCCUGUGACAAGAAGUUCAUCUCCACCAAUCAGCUGAAGCGUCACAUGAUCACACACUCAGAGAAGCGUCCGUACACCUGUGAGGUGUGCAGCCGCUCCUUCAAACGCCUCGACCAGGUGACGGCUCACAAGAUCAUCCACAGCGAGGACAAGCCCUACAAGUGCAAGCUGUGUGGGAAGGAGUUCGCCCACAGGAACGUCUACAAGAACCACAAGAAGACCCACUCUGAGGAGAGACCCUUCCAGUGUGACGAGUGCAAAGCCUUGUUCAGGACGCCGUUCUCCCUGCAGCGCCACCUGCUGAUCCACAACAGUGAGAGGACCUUUAAGUGCGAUCAGUGCGACGCCACCUUCAAGAGGAAGGACACGCUGAACGUGCACAUCCAGGUCGUGCACGACGGACACAAGAAGUACAAGUGUGACCUGUGUGAGAAAGCCUUCGUCACGCCCUCCGUCCUCAAGAGCCACAAGAAG